CGACGAUGAGCACAGCGCGGGAUGGAAAUGGUUCUGCCAAGUGCGCCUUUUCCCAGCGUCGAUCAAUCUUUCUCCGUCGUGGUAUGAGCUGCAAACCGUGCUCGUGCGUCCAGCCCCAUUUUGGCUCUCAUGAGAUAUCUGGAAGUGCUGCUCAUUGGACACCAGUUGUCGAUGAUGUUCUUGUCCUGCAGCUCGAGAUCGGAGGAAUGAUGGAUAGUCGUCGGAAUCGGGCUCCGCAUGGCGACUGAAGUCGGCGCGAACCAGCGCGUUCGCGCUCGACACGACUCACCUGUGGAGGCUGAGUGGUAUAAGCGGACAUACUGGUGCAUGCUCUGCUCGGAUAUGAUACUCAGCGUGCUUCUGGGGAGAAGUAAAUUGUCUAACUCGGCCGACUUCGAGAUUGACCUUAAACCGCUGGAGCGCGAGGACCCGAUCCUGGUCAAAUAUGCAUUUUCGCUCGUGAAUCUAAUGCAAAUACUGCAGCGAAUUCAGGAUGAAAUUCCCAGUCUCAUCGCAUCGUUUCCUUUCAGCCGCAAAGAUCGCAAUCUCGAACAAACUGUCAUUGGAUUGGACUCAGCGCUCAACCAAUGGGUUGAUACUAUUCCAGAAGAGUGCAAGUCCCCAGAUCGUAUCCGACUUAACCAAUCUGCGUGUCUUUAUGCGACGUAUUAUGUGAGACUGCUUUUAAGUAGGACGCUGCUGCUCUCGCUCAUGCCAUCUCCUUUCAGCAUGAUCUUGCUGCAUCGGCACUUCAUUUCUACUCCAGGGAAGGAAGCGAAUUUUCCUGCCACUAGCCUUCCUUCUCUCGCCAUCUGUGCUAGUGCCGCUCGCUCGUGCUGUCAUGUGAUGGCUGUACAAAUCAAGCGCUCCAUUGGGCCGCUGCACAACCCGCAACUCCUGAAUGCGGUCUUUGACGCAGCCACCGUUCUCAUAUUCAGCGUGCACAAAAAUGCGCGCAGUGCGGACUCGGAUCCGAGCAUUCGAGAGUCCCAGGCCGUGCUGGGCGCGUACGAGUCGAGGUGGCAUGUUGCUGGUCGAAAUGCCGACAUCCUGGUGGGCAUCCUGGCCGUGCGCGCGACGGAGUUGUCGGGCCCACCAGCGGUCUUCGAGCAGCGCGACCGCGAUCGUCACUUCCUGGGGUCGCUUCCGAUGUCCAGCCGCGAGAUGGGCAGACUUCCAGUCUUCGAGCCCUUUGAUCAGGAGUUCUUCCUGCUGUUGGAGCAGAAUUUGAGCCAGAAUCAGUCGAAUUCAGAUCUGGAUGGGUUGGAUAGUAGCUCACAAUGGACUGGGAGUUGACGCUGCCCGUCACAACGUGGACAUCUGGAGUGGGUACGGAGGAGAUUCAUUCUAUAAAGGCCUCUGCCAGUGUGCGAAACGUAUCCCUUUCUUGGUCUUCUUUAGACCCAACUUCAAUGUGAUUGGGUUUGUAUCUUC